AUGUCGACACCCUUGGCUGCCUCCUCAUCCCCUACGAAGUUUAUAGGAUUUCUUCCGGCCAUUGCAGAGAAAUUGAUAAACGAAGAUGAACAACAGAGGGCCAGAAUUCUAUCCGAGUUGCACGACAUACCUCCUUCACACUAUCUUGAAGCCUAUUUCGAUGAAUUAAAGGAUUUUUCUCGUCCUAGAACCGAAGACACUAUCAUUGAAGGUGCAUGCCGGUUUGCUUUCUUCACCAACCUGGAUGGGCCCAAACGAGCCAAAUACUACGGCUCUGAACUGAAAGGCCUGCAUUACGUGGAUUCAUUCACAGAAUUAUGGAACUCUCACUAUCCCACAGUGCGCCUAACCGCGGCGCAUAUGGAUGUUAAGCGCGUAUGUCCUCCGAGCUGGUCGAGUGUCAAAGGAGACAGCGGAUGGACGUUGACUUAUCGAGGAGAAGGAACGACAAGUCAAGCUCUCAAUGAAUUGCUUCUAGGUCCCACUGUCCUUGACUGCGGACUCUGGACCGAAAUGGCGGAAUGGAACAAAAUACGCUGGAUGCUGGGAGACCCUGAAGUUGACCUCAAGUUCAAGUUUCGAAAAGGAGAGUUCUAUCUAACGCAAAGGUGUUUUACCCCUCGGGGUAAUCUCCUUUACCGUUUUUACGACCCUGUCGAGGAGAAACAUCGUAUCCGGGUGAGGCUUGUGUUCAAUCACGCAACAUAUUCUUAUAAACAUCCAGGAGGCAUGGCACGACUAUUCCAUGCUUUGGAAGUUGACGGCCGCUGCAUGAUCUUCUCGCCCGGGGCGUUUAGCCACAUCUUGACACCCGUUGAGCUCGACCAGCUGCUUAAAGAACUAUACAAUGAACCCCGAACGAUCGCAGACUUGGAGGAAUUGUACGUACGACGGCAGUUUGAUAGUACACUUCCCGAAGAACUGGAAACAUAUGAGGCAACGAAGUUAACGGAUGACGAAUGGGAGAAGAGCUUUCCAGAACGACUAAGGAAAGCCUGGGGCCGGCAUCUUGGUUUCAAUCUCUCAAGCCUGGUCAGCUACAUUGAAAAUCCUUUAGCAGUUGAUGAUGCUUCAGAACAGCAUAUUGAGUGCAACGAAAUUCUACCUAAAAUUUAUUAUAGUUCUUAA